GGCGCCUUAUUAACCGCUACCCAGCUUUCCCUCCCAAUAAUCCUCCCCUGAAACUUUACAACUGCCAAAAUCGAACCUCAUAAACCAUUAACCAUGGCAGUCUCUGGUUCCUCUUCCCUGAUGUGGUUUCGAAAAGGCCUCAGAAUCCACGAUAACCCAGCUUUAGAACACGCUUUAAAAGGGUCUAGUUUUCUUUACCCGGUUUUUGUAAUCGACCCACAUUACAUGAAGCCUGAUCCAACUGCAUUCUCUCCUGGGUCAAACCGUGCCGGCGUCAAUCGUAUCAGGUUCUUGUUGGAAAGUUUGGUUGAUCUUGAUUUGAGCCUCAAGAAACUUGGCUCUAGGUUGAUUGUCUUGAAUGGAGAGCCGAGUCAGAUUUUGAUUCGGUGCUUGAAGGAAUGGGAUGUGAAGAAGCUUUGCUUUGAGUUUGAUACAGAUCCAUAUUAUCAAGGUUUGGAUGUUAAAGUCAAGGAACAUGCAUCUUCAAUUGGAAUUGAGGUUUUCUCCCCAGUCAGCCAUACCCUUUUCAAUCCUGCAGAUAUUAUACAAAAGAAUGGCGGAAAGCCGCCUUUGAGUUACCAGUCAUUUCUAAAGGUUGCUGGGCAGCCUGCAUGGGCAUGCUCUCCACUUUCAAUGACAAUUCCCUCGCUUCCUCCUGUUGGGGAUUUUGGAAGCUGUGAGGUUUCAGAAGUUCCAAAUUUGGAAGAACUUGGCUAUGGAAAUGUUGAACAAGAUGACUUGACUCCUUUUAGAGGUGGCGAAUCAGAAGCCUUAAAGAGGUUAAGAGAUUCAAUUGCCGACAAGAAGUGGGUGGCGAAUUUUGAGAAACCCAAGGGUGAUCCAUCUGCAUUUUCAAAACCAGCCACCACUGUGUUAUCACCAUACUUGAAAUUUGGUUGUCUCUCUUCCAGGUACUUCUACCAGUGUCUUCAAGAUGUGUAUAAAAAUGUUCAGAAGCACACAUCACCACCAGUUUCUCUUGUUGGCCAGUUGUUGUGGCGAGAUUUCUUCUAUACAGUGGCAUUCGGCACUCCUAACUUUGAUCAGAUGAAGGAUAACAGAAUAUGCAAGCAGAUACCUUGGAACGACGACAACGAAUUGCUAGUAGCAUGGAGAGAAGCCAGAACAGGAUACCCUUGGAUUGAUGCUAUCAUGACUCAGCUUCGCAAGUGGGGUUGGAUGCACCAUCUAGCGAGGCAUUGUGUUGCGUGCUUUCUAACUCGUGGUGAUCUGUUUGUGCACUGGGAGAAAGGGCGCGAUGUUUUUGAUAGACUCUUGAUUGAUUCAGAUUGGGCAAUCAAUAAUGGAAAUUGGAUGUGGCUGUCAUGUUCUUCCUUCUUUUACCAGUAUUAUCGCAUCUACUCGCCGAUUUCAUUUGGGAAGAAGUAUGAUCCAAAUGGCAAUUACAUAAGGCAUUUUCUGCCUGUAUUGAAAGACAUGCCAAAGGAGUAUAUCUACGAGCCAUGGACAGCUCCACUAAGUGUUCAAACCAAGGCAAAGUGCAUAAUCGGAGUACAUUAUCCAAAACCGGUGGUAGCUCAUGAUACUGCAAGCAAGGGAUGCAAGAGAAAGUUGGCAGAGAGUUAUGCAUUAAACCAGAAAUUGAAUGGCAAGCUAACCGAAGAAGAUAUGAGGAAUUUAAGGAGAAAACUAGAGAAAGAUCAAGAUGAGGAGUAAUGUUGCUUAUAUAUUUUGGAUGGCUGAAAAUGAAAAAAUAGAUUUAAUGCCUUGAGCUUAUAAAUGUUGUUUAUAGAUUUUGGAUGGCUGUAAAAGAAAGGCAUAGUAGUGCAGGAGUAAUAACUUGUAGUGUACUUUAAUUAAUCAAUUUAAACUAAUUUAACUAAAAUCAAAUCAAAAAUCAUGAUUUAAAUGAUGAA